CUUCUUUUCAGAGCGUCUUGUUGCAGUUGCUCACUUUGCAUUUCGCCUCCACGCGCUCGAUCGAUUCCCUCAGCAUGCUCCGCCUCGCGUCGUCGUCUGCCCGCCGUCUCCGCGCGCUCUCGCGCACGUUUGCGUCUUCGCGCGUCCAAGUGCUCGAGUCCGAGACCGAGUACGCGUCGCUGAUUGCCAAACCAGAGGCCAAGAGCAUUGUUUACUUUACGGCGCCAUGGAGUGGCCCCUGCAACGCGAUCGCGCCAAUUUUCUCCGAGUUGAGCAACGCCUUUCCGAGCCUUAACUUUGCCCAGCUGGACGUGCACGAGCUCGACGACACGGCGGUGGAGGCCGGUAUUCGGGAUAUGCCCACGUUCCAUUUCUAUGUCAACGGCAAGUUGCAAGAACCCCUCGAGCUCGCAGGCAUGGAUGUCAACCAGCUCAAAGACAACAUCCAAAAGCUCGCCGACUUGUAACGUGCUCCUUGCGUCGUGUGUUGUCCGUUGAAUGUCAUAGUUUGUCCGUUGGCUUCUGUU